GGCGGGAGGAGGAGGAGAGCCAGCAAGGAAAGCCAAGAGGGGAAAGUUGCGGAGGCGGAGAUAGAGCGAGCACCGCUUCGCCCGUGCUAGGGAAAGGUGUCGGAGCCUCCGAGGAGGAAGAAGGGCCAGGCAUCGGCGUUGCUGUCUCCCGCUGCAAAGCUAGGCUCUCUAUACUCCGCUGAGCUUUCGGACUCGGUCUCCUCUUGCAGCGGUGGAGGCGAGAGAAGCAGCAGGGGAAGAAAAGAGGAGGAACUUUUUGGGUGCGUGGAGCUUUUCCCGGGCUCGGCCCAGGCGCGGCAGCCUGCAGCCGAAAAGAUGCGGGCUCCCUUUUCCCCAGCACAGGACCCAGUCCCUCGCUUAGCCCGCGAGCAGUGAUCCCGGAGGGGAUCUUUAGCAGCUUCGUGCCGGGGCCAAGAGCUUGCUUUCUUCUUCCCUCUCGGCGUUGGAGACUCUUAAAAUCCUGCUGCGUGGAAGAGCCGCCGCUGCGAUCCCUUUUGCGCCGGGAUCGGACCCCGAGAAAACUGAAAGGAGUUUUCCCGGCGCUUGGACUGAGGUGCCAUGGUUUAACCAAGGGCUUCUUGGAGGCCUGCUGACCUCGGAGCCAAGAGCACAGGUCUAGGAGAAAGAAAAGCGGGGAAAAAACAACACGAGUGGGACCCCCCCCCCGCUAAACUUUGGCUGGGUGUUUCCACUCUGUGCAUGCUCUUGGUCCCCGGCUUUUCCACAAGGAUACAAAAUGGCGCUGUCAGGAUGGGGAGAGAGGAGGUCUUCACUCCUCCGAGAUGCCUUUUGGACUCUGCUUUUGAUUUUCCAAAUGUUCGUGGAAAUGGGCUCUUGCGCGGAGUAUGACUCCAACUGUACCUGGACCGGUGAUCUGUUGGACUGCAGCAACCGGGGACUAGAAAGAGUUCCCCUGGAACUGCCCACCUGGAUAGUUCAUCUAAACCUGAGCCACAACAAACUGACCGAGAUUGAUCCUUCUGCCUUCGCAAAGCUUCCAAAACUACGGGAAGUGCGACUGAAUAACAAUGAACUGACGGCCAUUCCAUCCCUGGGAGCAGCUUCAGCCCACAUAACUUCCUUGUUCCUGAAUCGCAACCGAAUCCACGGCAUUGAAGCCAGCCAGCUGGAGCCCUAUGCUUCCCUGGAAACGUUAGACCUCAGCUCAAAUAACAUCACAGAAAUCCGAAGUGACUGUUUCCCGGUGGGACUUCCCAUAAAGGAUCUCUACCUGGGGAGCAACAGAAUCAGCAUCCUGGAGACCAAGGCUUUUAACAGCUUGUCACGAUCCCUGCUGACGCUUCGCCUGAAUAAAAACAGAAUUGUCCAACUUCCCGUCAAAGCAUUCAAACUGCCCCAUCUAACACAACUAGAAUUAAACCGGAAUCGUAUUCGUUUGAUAGAAGGGUUGACUUUUUAUGGACUGGACAGUUUAGAAGUUUUGAAGCUGCAGCGCAACAAUAUAAGCAAGUUGACGGAUGGAGCUUUCUGGGGUCUGGCCAAAAUGGAAGUUCUGCACCUGGAGCACAAUGUCCUCACAGAAGUGAACGGUGGUUCUCUGUAUGGCCUGGCGUCCCUUCAACAAUUUCAUCUGAGUAACAACCUGAUAUCCAGUAUCAGUCCUACUGGAUGGAACUUCUGCCAAAAGCUGAACGAACU